UACAAAACGCAGAAGAAGAAUUGUUCCGUUUCCCUCGUGUUUCCCGUAGGACAUAUUUACAUGUGACACCGGCGACAUGGAUGCAGGUUCGCAGCGCGUGCUGGAGUACCUGACAGAAGUGGAAGAAGCAGCAGAGGAGGUCAUCACCACCAGGCAGCAGAUAGUGGACCUGGAUUUGAAGAGAAACCGGAACAGAGAGGCGCUGAACGCUCUCAAACAUGAGCUGUCUGAUUCAGAGAACGUGAAGGUUUGCUUCGGAAACAUGUUUAUUCAAUUUAACAAAUCCAAAACAAGAGACAUGGUCCAGAAAGACCAAGAACAGCUGGAUAAAGAAAUCAAUAAUCUUCGCAGAGAACUGAAGGCAAAAUUCAAUCAUCUCAACGAGAUUCAAGGUAAGCCAGAGCUCAGAGGCUACAGUCUGUCUCCACUGUCCGCCGAGGAGCUCAAAGCCAUCAACAGCCUUCUGAAGACUUGAUUCUCGUCGGUUUUGAGUCACUUCUGAGCGUCUGAAGCUCCAAAGCUGCAGGUCUGAGGUCCAGCUCCACGUUUGUGAAGUGUGGCUACCUAGCAUCAUAUAAAGAUGCUUAAGAAAGGCGACUCAGCGGGACAGUUGGACUGUCAUGGAUUCCUGCAGGACAGAUGACAAACUUUUCUCCUUUUUUGCUGCCUGUUCCAGAGUUCUUCUGUUUUAAUACAUUUCAUAUGUAUUUAUAUUUGCUGUUUUGUAGUCAUUUCCUUUGGUUCACAGCAGCAGAUUGUCUCUAUCGGAACAUUUUCUGCAUGAGAACAAAAACUAUAAAUUAAAAAUGUUCUACAUUUGAAUUAAAUAAAUUGUCGUAAAAGAUGA